CGGCCCCGCAGGAGCGGGAGCCGGGCCAUGGCCGAAGGGGCCGAGCCCGCGGGAGAAUCCCAAAGUGCUGAAAUGAAAACCCAGCAGUCCACGGAAAAAGGGCUCGGGGGACCGCAGAGGCGGAGCCCGCGCUCCGUGCUCAAAGUGUCCCAGCUGCUGCUCCGAGCCAUCGCCUCGCACAAGGGCCUGACCCUGGCCACUCUCAAGAAGGAGCUCGGAAAUGCCGGCUACGAAGUGCGCAGGAGGUGCGGCCGCCACUCGGGCGAAGGGUCCAGGUCUGAGGUGAAGGGCACCCUCCUCCGGGUCAGCGGCAGCGAUGCUGCCGGCUGUUUCAGGGUCUGGAAGAUUCCGAAGCUGAAGAGAAGGCCGGGUCGCCCGAGGUUGGAGGAGGGCGUCCGCUCGCCGAAGAGGACCUCUCCUGGGACGCGGAGCCCACGCAGGUACUGCGCGCGUCGCAGGGCGGCCAAGAAGGCCAGGGAAGUGUGGCGGCGGAGCUUGAGGUCAGGCACGAGGAUGAGGAGGAUGAGGCCGGGGGCCAAGGAACCGGUGAGUUCCAGAGCCAAGCAGGAAGGCAGGGCCAACGCAGUGGAUGAGGGGAGAGGACGGACCAAGAAGGAAGACCUCAGGCCCAGGACCCGAGACGAGAAGAGGCCAAGCUCGAAGCCCAGGGAAGAGAAGAAGCAGGACUCGGAGAAACCAGUAAAACGGACCAUCCAGAAGCCAACCUCGGUUAAAACCGACCGGCCUUCGAAUGGGCAGGGAAAGACCUAUGACACAAGGGCUGCUCGCACAAAGACUUGCGUUAAAUCCGAAGGUCCUCAGGCUGCAGUCGGGAAUCCAUAGAAUGGGAGCAGCUUCCCUUCCUCCAGGGACAGAUGCCUUUCCCCAUAGGCUCCAGCGGGAACAGCUCCACACUCAUUGAAAUGGACAAAGCUAUUUACAAGACCUUUCCACCACAUUGUGUCUGUUUCCUUUUUGCUACACCUUCAAGGGAAAGGGUGGGUGUUGAGGUGAGACCUAUAGCAGAAGCAUGUCUGGUAAAGAGAGAAAAAGGAGUUAGAAUUGUGUUCCUGCUUUAGGAGCCAGGA